AUAAAGCGUGUUUCCACUGAGGUAUGCACUGGACACGCGUGAGGUGAACUCCGCUCGACUCUUGUUAUGGAUUUGAAAUCAACACUUCUACUCACUGGAGGCUCUGCCGGCUCUUUCAAAAUGCUCAAUGCAGUCAUCAGAGUCCUGCCAACACCACAGGCGGCACAGAGGAAAGCCUGGAAAUGGAGGAAUGUCAGCACGUCGUUAGCUCACAGCUGCCUGACAGGAGCGGGGGCUGUUUUAUGCUUCUACCGUCACCCUCAGAUGAUGGAGGACCUGAUCUCCUUUUGCUCCCUGCACUCCCACAGCCUUGUAGCUAUAUCCACAGGGUAUUUUAUCCACGACUUCCUAGACAUGGCCUUGAACCAGCCCUUCAAACAGUCCUGGGAUCUACUCCUCCACCACUCUUUGGUGAUCUCAUGCUUCGGUUUGGCUGUGACGUCCCGCCUCUAUCUGGGUUUUGCAGUGGUGUCUCUGCUGGUAGAGAUCAACUCUAUUUUCCUUCAUCUCAGACAGCUCCUCCUCCUCUCAGGACGGAGGAACAAGCCAGGCACUGAACUCACCGCCCCUCAGCCCUCUCUCGCCUACAGCAUCACCAGCUGGCUCAACCUGGGAACGUUUCUGGUGUUUCGUGCCUGCACGCUGGGCUGGAUGAGCCACUGGCUGGCCCGUCACAGUGAACACAUUCCUCGUUAUGUCCUGAUGAUGGGGGCCGCCGGCCUGAGUCUCAUCUCCACCAUGAACGUGGCGAUGUUUUAUAAAAUGUUUAAAGCGGAUAUCCUCAAAAAUAUGCGCAACACCACUGAGAACCACUAGGGGGAAGCAGAGCUGUGUUACUCAUGCACAAGUGACUUGAAUCCGUUUUCUACCUCAUCACGUGGUUAACGCUGC